GGAGAGAGGAUCUUUAGCCCAGACCCCGCGGUCUAUCUAACGCGUCGUCCCACCGCUGAAAGCUUGAGGUUCAUCUCUCUGUUUCUCACUGAGAUCUCUCUCUCUCUCUCUCUGUGAUCUGGAUCUCUCUCCAUGACGACUAUAUGAAGAGGCCCUAUAUUGUCCAAGCUUGAAAGAAACCAUUUCUUCAACCCAAAACCACACAAGCUCUGAUCAGUAGUGUACUCAAUGGCGUGUCGUCGUGUAGUAUCUUCAGGAUUUCCUCUGAUCCUCAUAUUCCUCUCGCUUCUCAACGUCGCUGUUCUCUGUAAAACCCUCAAACGAGACGUGAAAGCUUUGAAUGAAAUAAAGGCGUCCCUGGGAUGGAGGGUGGUGUAUGCGUGGGUUGGAGAUGACCCUUGUGGAGAUGGUGAUUUACCGCCUUGGUCUGGUGUCACUUGCUCCACUCAGGGUGAUUAUAGAGUAGUUACAGAGCUGGAAGUUUAUGCUGUGUCAAUUGUCGGGCCUUUUCCUACUGCUGUUACUAAUUUGUUGGAUCUUACAAGGCUGGAUCUCCAUAACAACAAGUUGACCGGGCCAAUUCCUCCUCAAAUUGGGCGUUUGAAGCGUCUUAAAACACUGAAUUUGAGGUGGAAUAAGCUGCAAGAUGCCAUUCCUCCUGAAAUAGGUGAACUAAAGCAACUGACACACCUCUAUCUGAGUUUCAACAAUUUCAAAGGCGAGAUCCCCAAGGAGCUUGCUAAUCUUCCUGAGCUCCGUUAUCUCCUUCUACAUGAAAACCGUUUCAUUGGACGAAUCCCACCGGAAUUGGGAACUUUACAAAACCUUCGGCACUUGGAUGUUGGCAACAACCAUUUGGUUGGAACCAUAAGGGAACUGAUACGUAUUGAGGGAUGCUUUCCAGCUCUUCGCAACCUUUAUCUAAACAAUAAUUAUCUUACUGGAGGAAUUCCAGCACAGCUGGCAAACUUGAAAAAUUUGGAAAUCUUGUAUCUCUCCUACAACAAAAUGUCUGGAAUAGUACCAUACGGGCUUGCUCAUAUCCCUAGAUUAACUAACUUGUACCUGGAUCACAAUCAAUUUACUGGGAGGAUUCCUGAUGCCUUCUAUAAGCACCCUUUCUUGAAAGAAAUGUAUAUCGAAGGAAAUUCAUUCCGGCCUGGUGUUAACCCCAUUGGUGACCACAAAGUCCUUGAAGUUUCGGACACGGAAUUCCUUUUCUAG